AUGCUAUCGACAUACAGCAGCGCCUAUGUUUUCACCUACGAUAACAUGAGGAACCAGAAGCUCAAGGACCUCAGGGAGCAGCUCAAAUCUUCUAGCAGGAUAUUUCUUGCUGGAAAGAAGGUUAUGCAGAUAGUGUUGGGGCGUUCACCUGCUGAUGAAGCUAAAACAGGCCUCCACAAACUUUCCAAGUUCCUUCAAGGUGACUCUGGUCUGUUCUUUACCAAUCUUCCAAGGGAUGAUGUUGAGAGGAUGUUUCGAGAAUUUGAGGAGCAUGAUUUUGCAAGGACAGGAAGUACCGCGACAGAGACGGUGGAGCUUAAGGAAGGUCCUCUGGAACAGUUCACACAUGAGAUGGAACCCUUUCUACGGAAGCAAGGACUUCCAGUUCGCUUGAACAAAGGUGUUGUAGAGUUAGUUGCAGAUCAUGUUGUUUGUGAGGAAGGGAAACCCCUUUCGCCAGAAGCUGCACAAACUCUGGGAGGGUUGGAAAUUAGAAAGAUGCUAUCUGCAGAAAUUUUGCUAGUGUAUUUCUUCAUUUUGUCCGAUCUUUACUCAACUGUUGAAAGGUCUCAAUGGCAAAUGCCAAAUCUGUGCCUGGUGUCUGGGGAGCGCAUCACUGAUUAA